CGCAGUCGCCGCUGUCCCAAUUAAUAUUCAUGGGAGAAAGAUGAGCUGUUUAUUUUGUGUCUUCAUUUGGCAUGAUGGAGUUCCACAGAACCAGUAAAUAUCUCCCACGUUUAGUGGAGCUCAGCUGAUCGUUGAAUUCUCGCAAACGCUGCAGUGCAGGAGAAGCUAUCUCUCGGCAAACUGGCGCUCGUUUUCGGAUUUGUUUUUUUUUUCCUCUCAAAAACGUUGUGUUGAAUUCUAUUCAACUUUAUAUUUUUGUUAGUCUUUUCAAGUAUAUGUCUAUUUUUAUCGGUUUUGAAAAUGCUGAAUCUGAAUACUACGCGUUCUGAGGUGCAUAUUCAGAGUGGAUUUUGGUGUUCUGUGAUGGACACGACUAAAUAGUUCGUCACGAUGGAUUAUUUACAGUGAGUUUUGCAUCAGUUAACAUAAUUCGGUACAGUACUUCAUGGCCACACGACAGAAAUCGCAGAAGCAGAGUGGCUUAAUACUAUAAAAGGAAACACCUUGCCUAACUUUUCUGAGCCUUUCGUCUUGGAAUGUUUUAUCAUUUUCCGGGGAAUUCUGAGAGCAUCGAGAAAAAUAAUUAUAUGUCUUGAUCAUUCCUAGAGUCAUCCACAUAUAUUUAUAAAAAUAUACAACAUCAUAAAAAAAUGGAACACACGGGGAUCGAAGAGGUCAAUCAAACCCAUCAGCAGCACGAGCCUAUCAGUUUUGGGAUCGAUCAGAUCCUGAACAACACGGACCAGCCCAGCAGCUGCAUGCUGCCGAACCGAACCGCCGAACCGGAUUACCAACUGGCCUCUAACGUCUACGCCAACGGCUACAACAGCGUCUACAACCCGGCCUGCUCCAUGGCGGCAGGGCUUGCGGGCUCCUACAAUGUGAACAUGAACAUGAAUGUCAGCAUGAACAUGAACGUUAACGUCAACCCCGGCGGCGCUGGUGGGGUAAUCCGGGUGCCAGCCCACAGACCCAUACCGCCAACGCCCCAUCCACCCCCGCCGACCCAUCCGCCUGGCAUCUCGGCCGGCGUGCCCACCGUCCCGACAGUGCCCAGCAUGGGCAACGUGCCGAAUUUCACCUUCCCCUGGAUGGAGAGCAGCAGGCGAUUUGCAAAAGACAGGCUGACAGCGGAUCAGACUGUGGAAGGACCAGUCGGAGGCCACUCUGCAAGAACAGUGGCUACGUCCCUGGCUAGCCUCCACUCUGUUCCAGAAGGGGAGAUCGGCAGGGCAUCCACCUGGGGUUCUGUGGACAUUUUAACCAAACACUAUUACCCAGAUCUUGCUUUUGGAGACAGUCCGCUAUUGGACUUUCCAUUUCUCAAGGGUGGCUGCCCAGCUGCCCUGUCACCGUUUUCAGUGACCCGGAGGAUUGGUCACCCUUAUCAAAACCGGACGCCCCCAAAGAGGAAAAAGCCCAGGACAUCUUUCAGCCGGGUGCAGAUCUGUGAGCUCGAGAAACGCUUUCACCGGCAGAAAUAUCUGGCUUCUGCUGAGCGAGCUACUCUGGCCAAGGCCCUGAAGAUGACAGACGCACAAGUCAAGACCUGGUUCCAGAACAGGAGGACAAAGUGGCGGAGGCAGACCGCUGAGGAGAGAGAGGCCGAGAGGCAGCAGGCUAACCGCUUAAUGCUACAACUGCAGCAGGAGGCCUUCCAGAAGACUCUGACUCAGCCCCUGCAGCAGGACCCCCUCUGCCUACACAACUCCUCCCUCUAUGCCCUGCAGAACCUCCAGCCCUGGGCUGAUGACAACAAAGUCACCUCCGUCACAUCUGUUGCUUCUGUGGUCUGAUGAACAAAUGCAACCUACUGUAGGGCAAAAUAACAUGAGACAGGCCAGAAACUGAAAAACACCCUACCUCCCAGCACUCGCAUGGGAGAUUAUGGGUUGGAGUGGGCUUGCAUUUGGACAGAACUGUUACCAGGCCUUCGUCAUUGUAAUUUCCUCCUCCUCAGAGCUUCGGCAACUCAACAGACCGAAGCAAGCUAAACACUUUGUACAUUUUUUGUAUGUUAAAACAGUCUUUUUUUUCCACCCUGACACUGAAAUGUUAGGACUGCUGUGAUCAAGAGAAUGACCAGGACUUGAUUUUACUACACUACCCUCUGUGUUUUUUAUGAUGCAAAAUAAUUCAGUUCACACAAGCUGUAUGCAACAAUUCAGGCCAGGAAAUUACUUGGUGUCAAAUUGCUGUUAAACUAGGAGGCCUAGUUGAAAAAGAAAAACCAAGUCUCAGAAUAUUGCAGUGCUUGAGAUGUAUUGCUGAAUAUUAGCCCAUUUCUGACCCCAGCAUUUUCAUAUUACCUUUGAGUAGCCCUUGUGUUCUGCAGAGUCAGUGAGAAGAUAGCCCCAACCAAUGUGGAAUCCUUGAGUCUUUAAUAUGUGUCCACAAAGCCUGAAUUAACACCUCGUAAUGUUGGUCAGCAAGUAACACCAAAGUUCUGCAUCUGUCACACUUCAGUGCUCUUCUGUCUGCUUUUUUGUAGAAAUAUGCAGUGUGCAGUAUGAUCCCCAUUCCAUUUUUCUGUGGCCUCAGGGUUGCUUCUGAGGAAGUGCAUGCCAUUGAAAGUCCUUUUCUUGGGAAAGAGUUUUCCUAUGACAGACAGUCUUGCAAGUGGUUGUCCUUCUCUUUAAAAUCAGAAAAUAUUUGUUUUUAAUCUUUUCCAGAUGUACUAUGGUACACCAGACAAGGUAUGUGAGGCUAAAGCUAAUUGAAUCACAUGAAAAAUGAAAAAGAAAAUACUCAAAAGAAGCAUUUCAGAGUAGAAAUAAACCCAAAACAUUGUUCAUCUACAGCACAUCUGAUGCUUUCUUUGCAACACCAUCCACCACACCUGCAGUCUUUAAGUCCUCCAGUGCUACACUCUCCAGUGACUUGAGUCACGUACACCUAUGAGCAAGGACGUCUUGAUAGUUCUUUAACUGGAAUUGAAACAGAAGCUUUGGUACUAAUUUAGAAAACAUCUUCUUAAAUACUUAGACUAUUUGAACAAACAUAUGGUAACAAAAACAAAUGUGUUGCUUCACAUGCCAGCUCUGGUAGAAAUUGCAUCUUAAAGUCCAUUUUCACAAGAUCAUCCAUCGAUUUCCUAAUUGCUUUUCCAAUUCAGAGUCAAGGGGAGCUGCAGCCUAUCCCACCAGACAACGGGCACAAGACAGGAUAUACACCCCGGACUAGACACCAGUCCACCGCAGAGCGUGCACAGACUCAGACACUGACUUACACCAGGGCCAAUUUUCCCACAAGCUAAUUAACCUACCAGAAUGUUUUUGGACUGUGGGAGGAAACCAGAGCACCUGGAGGAAACCCGCAUGAACAUGGGGUGACCAUACAAACUCAAUGCAGAUAGGCCACCAGGUCCGAAAUUGAACCCAGGGCCCCAGCACUGUGAGGCAGCAAUGCUCACCACUGUGUCAACAUAAUCCCUGUUUUUGAGAGAUUAGCUUUUACAUUUUGAUACACAUUUGUAAAAAUAUGGUCCCUGUCCAUCUUAGGAAUAAAAAAACCAAUAAGCUGUCUAAAUAAACUUGAUCAUGCGGCAUCAGGGGUUUCUAAAUUUCCAGUGAACCACAUUGCAACAUGUUAUCAUGUCCAUAAAUACAAGAACUGGGGUAAUUUAAAAUCAGUCUUUCAUACCCACAGUCCAGCAGGUUUUACAGAACCUAAGAACCAGGCAAUUUCACUUCUUAUAUAGAUCAGUGGUUCAAUUAAGUAAUUGUGCUCUUAAGUCCCUGAGUUGCUCGAUUCCUACACUCCUGGAGAAGCAUACCUUUUGAAUAGAGACAUGCUCUGUACUGUUGUGAACAAUUAAGUGACUUUUCAUCCAUCAGUCUUCAGAACCAAUCAUAAAAGCCCCUGACUACUGGUCUUAAUCAGUGACCAUAGCUCCUGGUCUUGUGUUUUAUUCCACCUGAACUUUAAAUAAUAUAAUUGAAUACAUUUUUGUACAAGUGGCCUGCCCUGCUCCUAACCCCAAAUCCAGCUAUUGAAGGCCAAACCCUGCUUCAUUCAAGAAACAGCCUGAUAUGAUCUUUGGAUCGAUUAGCUAACUACCAAACAGCCAUGAUGGUCCAAACAUCCUCUCAUUUGUAACCUUCUUUAUGUUCUUAUGUUUCUGAAUGUUUAGCAAUUUAUGUGCGACUACGUAAGCAGGGGAUUUAUGCAAGUAUGCAUUAGAGAUUAAUUGAAAUGGAAAUAUCACUCUUUAGCUGUGAAUAACCAUGAGGAGUUGCUCAUGCCUUCAUUCAAAUCAGUUUGGGGAAGUGUAUUUAAAACUGGGAGACAUAUUUAUAAAUACAAGGUUGUGGGAAGACAUCUGAAACUUUCAUUCAAGAAACAGCUGAAUGGGUUCCUCUUGUCUACAAAAUAUAUGUUCUUACUUA